GCAGUAACCUAUUAUUCCCCUGCCACCAUCACGCAUUCCCUCUGCCUAUUUCAGAACUCACUCUUCUCUUUCUUCAACUUAUUGACUCUUCAACUCUCAUUCAUUUUGGAUUCUUGCUUCUCUUUCUUUUUAUUUCUUUUUCUUCACAUUUCAUCACUCAACAACUAUAUGGAGCUUCAAUAACCAAUGGUGUCCAACAUUGAGGUUUCAGGAGUUAAUUAGUAAGCUCAGAGAGAAGAAGAAACUUGAGGAAAAGAGAAAUGAACGGCGUAGAUGGAAUCGCACUGUGGAAGAAUCUAAAGCAACGGCUAUCAUUCAAAGGUCUGGGUUGCUGUGGGUCCACCUGGAGUCCAAGAACAACGAUCAGGACCAUCAUACAAGAAGAAGAGGAAGAAGAAGAAGAAGAGCCAAUCAUCAGACAAGAACACGUCAGCGAUCGAAAUCCGGUAGGGAACAGUGCCAACAUGGCAAUAUCAUCGGGGAUGAUGAACCUCAGAAUGGCCUUAGCCGCCGAACGCAAUUUGCGGAGACCAAAUGUGGGUCCCGUUAAGACUUUGAUGAGGUUGAUAGAAGAAACGGACGGUGUAGAUUUGAGGAAAAAGAAAAGGAUGGAAAAUGAUGACUUCGGGAGGAAAGACGCUGGGCAUGGAAAUGGGAAUGAGAACGAUUGGGUGUGCUGCGUGUGCAUGGAGAGAAAUAAAGGUGCGGCUUUUAUUCCCUGUGGACAUACCUUUUGCAGAGUUUGUUCAAGAGAAAUGUGGGCCAAUCGAGGGUCUUGUCCUGUCUGCAACCGUUCGAUUCUUGAGAUUCUUGAUAUUUUUUAACUUUUCUCUUAGUUUGGGAUCAAUGGCCCAUGUCUGCGUAAUUGGGCCGGCAAAGGAUCCAUGGUUUGAAUGAUAUCUGAAUGGGUCCAAUUAUACAAAAUACAUUUGAUUUUAGCUCCAAUUGUUACAUUCACAUCUUUGAAGUUUGCCUGCCAAAA